GGCGAGGAGCUGCCCCCCGGGGGGCUGAGGAGGCUGUGGGGGUGAAGCAGCCCGGGGGGAGCAGAGUCACGUCAAAACAUUUCAGCCAGGUGUCAGAGCUUCGGGGGCUCUGCUGGCUCUGAGGAGCGAUUUACCGUUAAUUAAUAAUUAAUCCACUGUCAGCCCCCAAGCCAAACACACGCUCUUCCCCCCUUCCCCCCCCCCCCCCAGCCCACCUCCUCCACAGGCGGGGGGCGUUUGAUGCCUCCCAGCCCUGCUUGUUAACAUCCCGCCCCGCCGCAGGAACUGCCCCCGGAGGAGGCUGCGGGGGGAGCGGACAGACACACAGACAGACACACGGCCAGACAGACACACAGCCAGGCGGAGGUGCCGCAGCACCGCCGGCAGCCUCGGGCCCCACAGCGCAGCGAGCCCCCAGCCCCACGGCCCCCGAGCAUGUUGCGGCUGAGCGGCCCCAUCCUGCUGGUGCUGGGGGUGGCGGUGCUGGGCAGAGCCGUCCCGGCGGCAGAGGAGUAUGAUCUGGAAAUAACCAACAAUGGUCCCAUCACAACGGGAGCUCAAGCCACUGUUCACGCCACUCUAAGGAUUAAGAACAACAGCCUUGCGUCAAACUUGUAUCACUUUAACUGGAUUUAUGCUCCUCUGAUUCUGAUAGAGAAAUCCGAGCGGCAGUUGAAUUCCAUGAUUAAUGUGACUGGUGAAUUUCCUGGGACUUUUCCUGUGUCUGUGUGGGUCACUCACAGAAACUGUUGGUUAUGUCGGCCAGUUGCUAGAAAUGUCACUGUGCUUCAGAUCACAGAAUUUAUCACAGGGAAUCUUACCAUCGCGCAGAUAGAAGACAGUAGAUUCAUCAGGCAUGGUUCUAGCUCCUCCACAGGUGCUGUGACUCGGAUUUCUUUCUGUCUUCAUGAUCCAAGUGACUACUUCAAGUCAGCAAGAUUUGUCUACAACUGGGAUUUUGGAGAUGGAGUUUAUCAGAUUACCAAGGAACCCUUUGUCUACUGCAACUACUCCACCAUGGGGAAUCGCACAGUACAUCUGAAAGUCAUAGCUGAAUGGGAGCAAAUUGGAAGCAUCAUACAUGAAAAAGAAACUAUGCAGAAAACUGGUGAUUUUACCACUUCUUUGGAGCUGUUAGAUGCUGUUAAAGGCAUUAAUGUAGUGGGCUCCAGAGAGACUCAUGUAAUGGAAAACUUGAGUUUAUCUCUUCAUAUCAAUGGCACCCCACCGCUGUCGUUAUGCUGGCUUAUAAAGUCUGAGUGCAUUCCACUGGAAGGUGAAAAAUGCCAUCUGGUGGUGAUUAAUGGCUCCUGCUACAAUCUCAGCCAUACCUUCAGCGAUGCUGGGCAGUAUUGCCUCAGCGUCCGAGUAGAGAAUGGCGUGACGAUGCUGCAGACCUACCAUGAAAUAAAAGUGUGGCCAACAGGGCUCCAGCCAGCUUUCUUUGUCCUGCUCUGCGUCGCUCUGGUUUCAGUGAUGGUAGGACUGGUGCUGUACACGACCUUUCGAAGUAACACACAACAGAAAGACCUCGUGGAGGUAGCUGAUUUCGACUUUUCUCCACUGUCCGAUAAAAACCUGUCUUCUCAUUCGGAGCCAGGCUGUUGCCAAAUAUGUUGCAGAUCAUGUUUUCUUCAGUCACCUCAAGAAACUGCCAGGGAGAGUCAUGAACUUCUACUUUCUUUUUACAAGCCAGUCAAAAUGUACACAGUGUGAAGAACACAAUUGCACUUUGGUUACACUAACUCCAAGUUUAACUUUCUCACUUACGGUGAGUUACAAGCCCAGUGCUGCAUGAAUGAUUUAUUUUUGCCAAUGUGAUGAGGUUAACCACUUUGCUAAGUCCAGCACUUGAGAGUUUCAUUGUGUGAUCCAAAAAACAAAGAGCCUGAAACACAGUAAAAAUAGCUUUGUAUUUUUAAAUUAUACGGGUGUAUACAUUUACAGCUGUAAAAGCAUUUUAUUCUUAUGAAAAAAAUAUUUUAUGUGCAGGUUUGCUAAACUCACUACCUCUUAUAAUUUCUCUGUUCCUUUUGCUGUCUAUUUCAAAUAAGAUAAUGCUUAAAACAAACAUACCUCUCUUUCUUAUGCCAUAAAAAAUAUUACUGGAAAUGCAAGUUAUCCAAAAGGCUGCUGAAUAUACAUUUGUUCUAAAAGGGAACCGACUUGUCCAGGUUGGGAAAGGGUUUAGUCUAGGUGCUUCCAAUGAAGCAGGAUCUCUAAUUAUGUUGUGUUUUUUCCUCCGUCUUGAAGGAGUCCUUUUCUAAGUUAACGAGAUGCUGUGGGACUGCAGUGGCUGCUGACCUGCUCAUGGAGAGCUAGCUGCUCACAGGGCUCCUGGGGAAUGGCAGCACCUGCCGUGAAAGCCUCCCCAUCUCCAGGACUUGCAUGCAGUAGUGCACCACUCCAAUCUGUUUAGCGUUUUUUUCAGAACAUUCGUUCUUCUUUUCUUCCUUACGUUACUAUCCAGCUAGUCACCAAAGCUCCACUUUCAAAAAUGCAAUAACCAGUAGCUCAAAGCUGCUCAGCAAAACAGUCAAUUUAUAGUCAAUGUUCAAGGCUGUUUAAACUUUUUGCCUGAUAAAAACUAUCUUCCAUGAUCAGCUUCCUCCUCAGCCAGCUUUUGCCUCCUGCUAUGAAGUAUUUCAGAGUACCCUGGAGGCUUUCAUGCAGAACUGCAUUUGGGGCCAUUUCUUUUCUUAAACAUGACACUUACAUUUUCCCUACCUCUGAGUUAAAGCCUAUGGGUAUUGUGGACUUGGGGUUUUUCAUGUAUGCCAUAAUUUCUCAGGUGCACUGAAUGGGAGGGGAUUUACCAUUAGAUUUCAGGGUUUUUAUUUCACGCAUCCAACUUCUGCAUUUCCUUAGAGAAGGCCAGAGUCUCAGUUCGUCUGUGAAUAGAAUUAUAUAACCUCUGAAGGGCUUUGAUAAUUAACACAUGCAAAAUGGAUUAUCUAAAAUAACUGAUCCAGUAAAUCCAAGGUUUUGUCAAAAAAAGUUCUUUCCAGGGCAGAGCUUAUUUUGGCUUUAUACGAGAAGAUGUAUUUAUAAGUGAACUUGUUGAUUAGGAGUGGUGUCCUUUGUGUUCCUUCUCAGUGCACCAGUGUCAAGCUCUUAUCUUCAGUCAUAUUCAGUCAUUGUUAAGAAUGUGCCUCUCCUUAGGCUAGCAAAGAAGCUAUUGUUCUUAGGAGCUUCAGUUUUAUUGCUUAUUCCUGAGAUAGCAGCCACCUGAGCCAUUGCCAAAGGUACGUGACUUGUUCCGGGACAUCAGUGUGUUCUGUAAAUGGCUACACGGUCCUUGGACACUGGAAAUACCAGAUUUCCAAUAUGAAAAACACAACUCGGAGUGACAGUGGCGCUAGACAGACUGCACAGUGGCUCUCUGCACUAGUUUGGGCCUUUUUUUUUUUUUUUUUUUAAGUUUGGGACAGAUGUGUGACACUUCCUGGGAUAAUACACCUGGAAACAACCCCUUGGCACCCUAAAGAGUCUAGAAGAAGUCCUUCCUCCUCCAUAUUUCACUCCCAGAAAGGCACUAUGAGACAGCAAAGAGUGCCAGUUGUAGGUACCUGAAAUGGUGGUAACUUUGGAUGGAGGAUGAGGAUACCCAAAGGCACAUGCUCUGCCCAAUUUACCAUUCAUACCUAACUUAUGCAAAGGGUCUCAUGUGGUAUUAGGCUACACACAUCACUUUGGGGUUUCUGUGUCUAUGUGCUCUCCCCAUUAUGUCUGAGUUAUGGCUGAUUGUGCCAAAUCUCCCACCAUCCCACUCUCAGUCAAAAACCAAGGGACAUGAGUUAGCGAUGUGGCAGGUAAAGUACAGGCCUAAGAAAAUCUUCAAUUUCUUAUGGAAGAAAACAGAGCAAAUGCCCUUCAGAAGAACAUUGGUUUCCUAAAAUGACCAAAGGAUGGCAAAGGAGUCAAACUAUUCAGAAGAGCAGAAAAGAUAAAGGGCUGCAAGGCAGAAAGUCAACACUACCAAAUAGUAGAAGAUAUUACUGGAGAGCAGACAGAAAAGAAUAGAGGUUAGAAAGAAAGACAUCUCUUGCAAAAAAAGAAGCAGUGGAAAAAGUACACAUAAAAGGGCAUGUCAAGAAGCAAAUUAGCCAAGAAAAUUUAAACAGCCUUAACAAAUUGAGGUGUAAGAAAUAUUCUCAUGAACAUGUUCCUGAAUCUAAAGUUAAACUGUUUCCUGCACAAAAGACUGAUCUGUGGGUUCAAUAAAUGCCUCUGAAACUGAAGACAAAAGGUAAUUGAGCGGUUCAGGAUAUAGCAAGGAGAUUAGUGGAACGUAACGAGGAUCAGCAGGAGGAUUCAUUUUGUUAACCUUAGAAAUCAAUGACCUGGAAGAAGGAAUGUUCAGCAAAACGAUGAAACUCACUGAUACAAAACAAGAGUCCAGCGAGUACAAAGCCAAGGAGCAAUUAAAUUCAGGUGAUAAGCAAGAGUGGAAGCAGAUAAGAAGUUUAUGCAACUGAGAAUUAUUGUCAAGGAAAUACAUCUGAGGACAAAAAUGUCCCAGAAAGGCAUAGUAUGAAUAUGUAUGGUAAAAGUUAAAAAAUAAAAAUAAAAAAAUGC